GGCCCUCAAAGAAAAUUCACUCAUGUAUAUUCUAGUUUCCUUCUUCUACUCCUGACUGCAGACGGUAUGGCUUUAUCCCAGUCCUUCCUCUUUCCGAAAUAUCGGCCCCCGACCCCUCUCCCAACCCGAAAUACCGGCCGAAAAGUUAUGGUUUACGCCAGAGCAGCACGGAUUCGCCAGCGACGCCCCCAAAACGUUGAAGGGGAGUUCUUUGUUGAUCAUCGAUGCAUCGACUGCGACACGUGUCGGUGGAUGGCCCCGGAGCACUUCAAGCGGGUUGAUGAGAGAGCGGCGGUCACAAAGCAACCAAUCUCCAGAGAGGAAAGAAUCAAAGCUCUUCAGGCAUUACUUUCCUGUCCAACAAGCUCAAUACACACUGAGAAGCCACCAGAGGAAAUUAAGGAAGUUCACAAGACAUUUCCUCUUCCUAUUGAUGAGCAUAAUCUGCCGGGAGUCUACCAUUGUGGUUAUCAUUCUGAAAGAUCUUUUGGUGCUACUUCCUAUCUUAUUGUUCAUCCAGAUGGCAACAUACUUGUUGAUAGCCCAAGAUACACUGAGAUAUUGGUAAACAAGAUUGAGAUGCUUGGAGGAGUUCGCUACAUGUUUUUGACGCACAAGGAUGAUGUAGCUGACCAUGAGAAGUGGUCCAUGCAUUUUAGGUGUGAAAGAAUUCUUCAUUCAGGAGAUGUAGAGAUAUCUACAGCCAGUGUAGAGAGGAAACUACAUGGAGAUGGCCCUUGGAGCAUUGGUACAGAUUUUGAGCUUAUUUACACUCCAGGCCACAGUGCAGGUUCAGUUAGUUUAUACUACAAGCCGCUGAAGGUUGUAUUCACUGGAGACCAUUUUGCCAAAUCUCAUGCCUCGGAGCUGACAAUAUUUGAGCAGUAUAACCAACAAUCAGUUAGCAUGCAGUUGGAUAGCGUGAGGAAAUUUUUAGACUUGGAUUUCAAUUGGAUUCUCCCAGGACAUGGAAGGAGGGUCCAAUUUACAGACAGCCAAGAGAAAAACUCAGCAAUACAAGCUUUUUUAGCGAAAAAGCAGCCUCUGCUUAAUUAACAGCAAUACUAUAUAUACACAUAUGCAUUUUAGAAUACGAUACUGUACAAUAUCAGACCUUGGACUACAGGUGGAAAAAACUCUGUUUUAACUUAUAUCCGAGCUUGUAUAUACAUGUAUACUGAUGCAUAUAUACAUCAUUUGCACUGUGGAUACGGUAAAUCAAUUUAAUCAACAACAUUUACUAUUUACCGGA